GUGCCUCAGAAAACCCAAAAGACCUAUGACAAGUCAUGCUGUUCGAGGAGUCAGUCCCAUCGAUAGCUAGGCAACUUGGAGGCAUCCCCACCCUUGGAGAGCCGGGUCCCUCCGCGGGCCCAGUAGCGCAGAUCCACCACCGCUUUCAAAGCUCCCCUGGGCGGAGAGGAGGCCUGAGCUGGUCCCGCCCAGCGACCGUUGCCAUGGCAACCGGCACACCCUCCCCACCGGGUGUGCAACGUCUUCGGGCUAAACCAAAAGUCUGCACAGGAGAGGCCAACUGAACGGCCCCCGAAAUGGCCAGCUCAGGCCUAUCAGCGACUUCCUGGGCCAAACACUCCACGAAGAAGGUCUUGGUCCCCGUCUCCGGCAGCUGAACUCCUCUUCCCGGCUUCCGGCGGCCGCCGACCUUUAACCCCGGAAGUGGGCGGGAGAGGAAGCGACUGGUGAUGCUGGAACAAACAUGGCUGCCCCGGCGCCCGUCGGCCUCUCGGGCUCACGCAGUCCUCUGCUGGCCGCCGGACUUCGGCUGCUCCCGCUGCUGGGGCUGCUGCAGCUGCUGGCCGAGCCCGGCCUGGGCCGCGUCCACCACCUGGCGCUCAAGGACGACGUGAGGCAUAAGGUUCAUCUGAACACUUUUGGAUUCUUCAAGAAUGGGUACAUGAUGGUGAAUGUCAGUAGCCUUUCAGUGAAUGAGCCUGAAGGCGCCACAGACAAGGACGCAACUAUUGGAUUCAGCCUAGACCGUACAAAGAAUGAUGGAUUUUCUUCUUACCUGGAUGAAGAUGUGGAUUAUUGUAUUUUAAAGAAACAGUUCACCUCUGUCACCCUUCUAAUCCUAAACAUCUCCAGAAGUGAAGUGAAAGUAAAAUCUCCCCCAGAAGCCGGUACCCAGUUACCAAAGAUCAUCUUCAACAAGGACGAGAAGGUCCUCGGUCAGAGCCCGGAGCCUGCCCUUAGCCCUGUUUCAGCAGGCAGCCAGACGCAGAAGAAACAAGACAGUGGAAAGUCCAAAAGGAGUACAGUGGAUUCAAAGGCAACAGGCGAGAAAUCCUUUUCCGUUCGUAAUAAUGAUGGGGCAGUUUCAUUUCAGUUUUUCUUUAACAUCAGCACUGAUGACCAAGAAGGCCUGUACAGUCUUUAUUUUCAUAAAUGCCCUGGAAGCAAAAUAAGGUCUAAUGACAAGUUUUCAUUCAGCCUUGAUAUCGAGAUCACAGAGAAGAAUCCUGACAGCUACCUCUCAGCGGGAGAGAUUCCUCUCCCUAAAUUAUACAUUUCCAUGGCCUUUUUCUUUUUUCUCUCUGGGACUGUCUGGAUCCACAUCCUUCGCAAACGACGGAACGAUGUGUUUAAAAUUCACUGGUUGAUGGCGGCCCUUCCUUUCACCAAGUCCCUUUCCUUGGUGUUCCAUGCGAUAGACUACCACUACAUCUCCUCCCAGGGCUUCCCGAUCGAAGGCUGGGCCGUGGUGUACUACAUCACUCACCUCCUGAAGGGGGCGCUGCUCUUCAUCACCAUCGCGCUCAUUGGCACCGGCUGGGCUUUCAUCAAGCACAUCCUUUCUGAUAAAGACAAGAAGAUCUUCAUGAUCGUCAUCCCGCUCCAGGUCCUGGCGAACGUGGCCUACAUCAUCAUAGAGUCCACCGAGGAAGGGACGACCGAGUACGGCUUGUGGAAGGAUUCCCUGUUUCUGGUGGACCUGCUGUGCUGCGGAGCCAUCCUCUUCCCCGUGGUGUGGUCAAUCAGGCAUUUACAAGAAGCAUCGGCAACAGAUGGAAAAGGUGACAGCCUAGGACCUCUUCAGCAGGGAGCCAGCGUGAAAGCCAGAGGUCACACGGGCACUGAGAGCUUUCAUUUGCCAUUGUGGGGGGACAUACCACUAGGAAAGCCCCCAUUUCUUGUCGCUGCUAUCAACUUAGCAAAGCUGAAGCUUUUCAGACAUUACUACGUCUUGAUCGUGUGUUACAUAUACUUCACCAGGAUCAUUGCCUUUCUCCUCAAACUUGCUGUCCCGUUCCAGUGGAAGUGGCUCUACCAGCUCCUGGAUGAAAUGGCCACGCUGGUGUUCUUUGUUCUAACGGGCUAUAAGUUCCGUCCUGCUUCAGACAACCCCUACCUGCAGCUGUCUCAGGAAGAAGAUGACUUGGAAAUGGAGUCUGUAGUGACGACGCCAGGGGUGAUGGAGAACGUGAAAAAAGUCAAGAAGGUGACCAACGGCUCGCUGGAGCCCCCGGGCGACUGGGAAGGCACCGCCUGACGGAGCCGCUCCCGGGCGGGCAGGCGGGCGCCGUCGAAGGAGACUCUUCAUUUAUUCACAGCCCCGUUGGUCAACGAGAGCGGCCGGCACGUCCCGGCGGUGACACCACCAAGCACGUGGCUGAGAGCAAAGGGCCACGGAAACCUAACUUUUCACUCUCUUUCAUGGACGCUGGAUCUGUGGCCGGCUUAGGCCGCUGGGAUUCUCCUGCAGGUGGGAGCGGGGCUGCAGACGAGGGGAAAGGCAAGACUUUGUUUUUAACUCACAUCUCUGGUUUUUUAACUGGGACUCUUCAGGCAGACACAGGCGUAGCCCAGCCUGUGGCGGUGAUCAAGUCCGAGCGGGGACACGGACUCCCGGAGAAGGGGGAGGGGAGCGGCCUAGAAACAGGAGACGAGGUCAGUUUGGGAACCAGAGUCAGAACCUGCCUGGGUGGGUGGGCCUGGCCCUGCCUGUCGCCCCAGACCUUUCUCCCGGAUUCUGACAGCGCCCGGGAAAACGGCGGUCGCCCAGGGCUGCAGGGUCACUGGCCGGGUCCGGGCCCUCCCUGGUGGUGGGAAGCUGUCCUCUUGAUUGAAGCGGAUCCCGAGCUGCCUAAGCGGGGCAGGAGUGUGCUCUUAAGCGCGAAAAGCCUCCCUCCCCGCAACCUUCCCCUCAACAUCUGGCGCCCCGACUGCCCGGCGCGGGGCACGGGGCAACGGGAGGACUUUUCCUUAAGGAGCAGCUGGGGGCAGAAAGGGCAGGGAGAUCGCUGCUGGGAAAGAGCUUUUGCUCUCAGCCAGGGAGGGCGUCUGAGCAGGCGGGAGGCAGACCCGGCCCUGGAUGCCAGGAGCACGAACGUGCAGGAGAUGAGUGUGGUUGCGCCGUUUUGCUCUCAGGGCUCAGGGAUGCAGAAUCUCCUCGAGGCGCCUUCCAGACUUUCAGAGCCUGGAGAUGAGCAGGGCGAGCUCCCGAGGGGAAGGGCCGAGAAGCGGGACGCUCAGUCACUUGACUGACGGGACGAGCUCAGCAGGUGUGUUGUGACCGAGGGCGUGGCAGGGCUUGCCAGUCGUUUCUUCCCGAGGCUUUGGCUGCCCUGCCUGGGCCUGAGACCGGCGAUGGAGACCCAGCUCCAUCAGGCAGGCUUCCCAGCGCAGGGGGGUGCCGGCAGGUGUCAGAAGCCCACAUCGCCCCUGCUGGUCCGGCCUUCUGGGAGCUGCACAGCGACCGUGUCUGGUGGUGGGUUUCCUGCCUCUGGCGUGAAAGGGUCAAUCAGCAGCCACGAGGUUUAGGGGCGGUGCUCAGUAUCCCUGGUUUGGGAGCCCAUAGAGUCUCCGAAAACAGUUGUUCUCCCUCUCCUGUGCCACUGUCCCUUCCUAAGUGACCAGUGAGGAAGCAGACUUUCUUUUCCUGCACUUUGAUGAGCCCUCUGUCCCCUGCCCAGCGCGACCUUCACUGAGGCCAGUCCUGCCGAGCGUGGAGGAAGAGCAGGCGGCUGCACAGGCUCCGCGGGGCUCGUAGCGAGGGUGCGCGUGUCUUCUCAUCUUCCCAGGCAGGGAAGUCCGCCCUCAGUAUUCGUCGGAGGGACCCUUUUCUGUGAAGGUGGAGCUUGUGGCAGGGAGGGUGGUGGGCGUGUUGUUCAGACCUGGUUUUCCGGUGCUUCGGCUCCACCCCAGUGCUUCAGCAUCGCGUCUCCUGCUGCGGCCAGACCACCUCCGUGUCCCCACAGAGGAACGAGCUUGCUUUUUGUCUUGCAGGCAGAUGCUCUGGAUGGGGCCGUAGACUUCUUGGCAAGAAUCAAGGGUUUGAGGAAACCUCCCCCCAGAGAGGGUCUCCAGGGAGGCGUCCUCAUGCACAUGUUGGAAACAGGGGCUGGAGGGACGAGGUUGAGGAGGUGCGCCUGGGGGCCGAUACCGGCCCCUGCUGCUCCUUCCUCCUCUGGCAGGUGCUCGGCUCCUCUGCCAGCCGGCCGUUCAGAUCCCGUGUGGCACCUCCAGCUGCCUCUUCGUACUCAGGGUGGCUGAGCUGCCGCGGUUUGACUGUCCUGUCCCUUCUGGAACAGGAAGGUACAGACGAGACUAGCAGUGGUCUAGAAGUGACAGCAGGCCACACGCAGCCUUCCCAACAGGCAGGUCAUCUGCCUGGAUCCGGUUUUGCAGCUGCAGGUUUGAAGUCAGGCCCCAGCCCAAGAUUGGGAAGACAGAUGGUAGUUCAGGUUUUACCAAAGUGUGUGUGAGCUGUCCUCCUGUUCUGUGAAAAUGUGUUCUUUCUUUAUCGAGUAGCAGCUGGACCAGCAGUCAGCUCUGCUCUUAAGUAAAGAUGACUGGUUGGGGUCCCAAGCCCUGCAGUUUCACCAGCGGACAGCCUGCUUCUCGCAGCCUGGUUUUCACAGUCCACGUGGGCUCCUGUGACCCAGCGGUGGAAUGGAUAAGCCCCUGCGGGAUUUCAGGGCUUGGGGCGCAUCACAGGGUGACCCCUGGUCUUUAUAGCUUUGCCUUGUCUCCCACUCCGUUUCCGCCCACGUGAAACACCCACGCUUCCUCUGAGAAAGGGGCCCUCGACUGGAAGUGCCGAGGCCGUGAACUUUUAGGAAGUAAUGGAUCCUUUAAUAAAGUGUGUGUAUCUUGCUAGCAAAAUAUUUCUUGGACAACGAGAACAAUCAUUGAUGUCUUAAUCUGGCUCUUCCCAGCAGCCAAAGACUCCAUGAGCCGAUUUCUGGCCCCUCAGUGCUGUAAAGUUUGAGGAGCAGUGCAUUUUAAUGCUGCGGAAUGUGGCCAGCGGCGCAGCGGCUCCUGCUCUUGGGAGGAGAAGCUUGCUCUAGUGUGAGAGAGGGUUUUAAGGCGGUAGCUUGAGUCCGUUCCAGUUUCUUUCAGGGAACCCCUUUAGAGUCAAUUUCCAGUUCUUUGUUGCCUUGGAUGUGUACAGCCAGCCAGGGUGGCACCCAGUCUCUUCCUAAGUCCCUCCACGUGGUUGUCACAGAGAGGUGGCCGCUUCCGCGUUGUGAUCUGCCAGGAUCUCUGCUCUCUCCUUCCACAGCCUGUGUCUGUCCCCCUCUUGUCUCCCCCCUCGUCCCUCUGCCCUUCAGCCCACGCCCAUGGACGCCCCGUGGGCUCAGGCGGAAGGCUUUGGUGCAUCGCAGCGUUUUCCCCAGCAGCUGUGUGAAGGGUGUGUUUUCCAAGCUAAGGGGAAUUGUAUCCCAAGAGCGCGUAUUAUUGCUUUGGACCGUGUGAUGUCCUGCUCCCGCACUGAGUAUGUGUCUUGUUUCACUCCUUCAGAGUCUAGUCCUUCCUGACCGUGAACGGGUCAGAGAUGCCAGUUUUCAUCGUGAGGGGCCCUGGCCCUCGCCCCGUCCUGGAGCGUUUCCUUCCAGGAAGGCUCUUAGGACCCGAGCUGUCCGAUGACGGCCUUGGCCCUGCUCCGUGCACUCCACAGGACACCCCUGGUUUUGUGCUUCCGGCAGCCGAGCGGCUGAAUUUCACAGGGAGUGGCUCCUAGCCCCCCACUCCCAUUCCCGCACUCCAGGCCUCGCCCCGGCUUCCCUGAGGCCCGGGCCCCUGUGCCUGCUGCUAUUCGUUCUCUUCAGAUUUCAGUAAGUUCAUUAACCACUGACGAAGUUGGACUUGACCCCUCUUGGUGUAUCGGAAAGCACAGCACACGUUCUAGAAGAUCCACCUUUCACUCCAGUUUUGGCAGGAGGUCUUGAAAGUUGAGGCUGACGCUCGUGGCCACCACCACCGGGACGUCAUCCUUGACCGGCACGCUGAACGCGGUCCUCCCCGUCGCCUGGCGGUGCCUCUACCCGCUCCACGUGGCUUAUGCUUGAAAGGGGUUUUCCACGGCUCAGGGCUAGUUCGGGACAUGCGUGUCCCCUGAGGGGCUGUGUGAUGGAGGAGCCUGGGGGAGGGGACAGAGGAGAGCGGACUGCGAGGAUCUGAUCCAGUGGCCUCAAGUCUGCGGAAGGAGUUCUGGAUCGGGUCAAGGCCGCGGUGAAGCUGAAACGCCGGCUCACUCCCUGGCCAGCAGGCUCACUUUGAGGCAGGCUUUGAGGUCUUGUGUGGGCAGCCAAAGCAGUCAGGGGCCAGACGGUCGGCCUUCUUAGCACAUAAGCCUCAAGCCAGUGGAUCCCAAAGUCCUGGCCACGCAAGGGGGUUUCUUGACGCCUUGAGCAGCUUUUGCGGA